GAUGUGACGCGGUUGACAAGAAGAGAACGCGUCAAGAAUAUUGGGCGUGUAAAGUGGUUCUCGCUAAAUGUGGCGUUCCUGCCUAUUUUGGGUGCACCACGCCAAAGCUCGAGACACACCACUAGCUUACCUUGGAAACCAAGCUCAGAGUGCGCGUCCAUCACAAAAGGAAUUCAACAACAAUCAACUAUCAUGGCUGAACCAGAAGUUGCUACGAAAGCUCCCGAGAGCGACGCUAUGGAGGAGACCAAAGAGAGCUUGAUUCCAGGCGAUACACCAGUCGCCCAGGGAAGCUCGAGUCUCGGAGAGCAUUGUGUGACUGACAGACCGACUCCUUUUGGACAAGGACCGAGCGGAGAGAUGACCCAGAUGGGUGGAAUUGAUGCCUAUGUCUCAAAACCUGCCGACUAUCCUCACGCACCAUCGAAACUUCUACUAUUCCUUACAGGAGCUACUGGCCUUCAUUCGGACAACAAUCAAAUCCAAGCAGAUAAAUUUGCCAAGGAGGGAUUUCUCGUUGUGAUGCCCGAUAUGUUCAACGAUGAUCCUCUACCCGGUACAGCAACAUAUUCCGAAGAGAAGGACCCAUCCUAUAUCGAGCAGAUCAAGAUGACCUUAGUCGAUGCUACCAAAUCCUUUGCCAUUGAUAUGUGGCUCGCACGACAGACACCCGAGAAGGUUCUCCCUAUUAUACAAAAGGUCAUCGAGGCUGCAAAAGACGAGUUUGCUGAUGCUGUUGCUAAUGGCGGUGGUAUCUACUCAGUAGGAUACUGCUUCGGAGGUAGAAUGACACUUCUGCUAGCAGGUGAGAAACCGGAUACCGUCAUGUGGGGUCAGGCCGUGAAGGAUGAGGAAGCGGGUACAGUCAAGAAAGGACCAUAUAUCAAAGCUGGUGCCAUCGCCCAUGCGACAGCCGUUUCUAGAGACGACUUCACGGGAACCAAAUCUCCAUUGGCCUUCGUAUGUGUGGAGAACGACCAAUUGUUUGACGAGGAGGUUCGAGAGCAUGGUGAAAAAUACUUGAAGGAGAACAACGUUGAGUGUGAGUUCAAGACAUAUUCGGGUGUCCCGCACGGUUUCGGUGUGUAUGGGGAGUAUGAGGAUACGAAGAUCAAGGUCGCACAAGCGGAGGCAUUCGACCAAAUGCUGGCAUGGUUGAAGCUGCAUUAGUUGUUCAUAUUUUGGCGUUGGGCAUGAUAUCACGGGUUGCUGUUUAUGAGAUGCUCAGACAUGACGUUAUCUUCAAAUUGAGUUGUCUCUUAAUUACCAGUCUUCAAGGAGUUUUCAUUUUGUCUCGUCCAGGUUUUUAUAUACGAG